UCUCCACAGGAUAAGUGGGCGUGGUGGCAGCCGAUGCAAUGAGCAUCAUGAAAUCACAAAAUCGCACACAGAUGUUACUUUAGUUGGUUAUGAUUGUCGUCAUUAUUGUAAUAAUAUUGUGACUCUAAGCUCCACUCCUACAACUGUAAUCUAUUUUUGAUUUAAAGCAUCAUUUAGUGCAGAGUUUGAAAUCUGAUCUCGUUGUUACUUUCCUCUACAAAACCUGCUGCAGGCAGCGUGAGUUUCCUUACGCAACAUGAUGUGAGCAUCUGAACAAGCAGCAGCACAAAUACAGGCCACGCAUGAACUGCUCAGUUUUCAGGAGGUUUGGUAAAAUGAGUGACAGUUUUCAUAUUUGUCCCUCUACAUCCUGCCUAAUGCAGCCUGUAAUUGGUGUUUUCAUGUUUUGAGGGAUUCAUAUAAACCCAACCAGUCUGCCUGCUACAAACAAUGUUCAGUUAACAUAAGAAAGAGGGACGUGGUCCUCCCCUCUGUCCCUCCUCCUCUCUCCACUCCAACCUCAGCUAUAUAAGUACUGAGUGAAUUGUUUCACUUCACUUCUUUACCUCUUCGUGCAGUCUGACUCCAGUGGAACAUUCAAGCCUAAUCAUGAGCAGGAACUUUCUGUCCAAGAAUGAUGAGCUCCGCAGGGGAGACUACCUGAUCUCUAACAACAGGGAGUUCAAGGCUAUCUUCCAGGAUGACGGUAACUUUGUCAUCUAUGGCUGGCAGCCUCUGUGGGCUUCAAACACUUCAGGAUCAGAUGCUUCCCGCCUGUGCAUGCAGGCUGACUGCAACCUGGUCAUGUACAACAAUAAGGAUGAACCCAGGUGGCACACAAACUCCUCCAAACCCAGCUGCAACAUGUGUCGUCUUCAGCUGACAGAUGACGGCAAACUGGUGUUGAGCAGAGAGCAUGAAGCAGUCUGGAGCUCGGCUGACUCCGAGGGCAUGAAGUGAUGGCUUAACAUGACAUCAGAAAGCUUUUGAAUUCAAGUACGCUGCAAGUGAAAGUCAUCUUUGAAUGUUACAAGUUAUGAGUAAACCUGCCUGUAAUGCAAUGUGGCCUCAAAUAAAAGCUAUUUUUCACACUCCAUAAA